AUGAGUAAUCAAACGCUGCGUUUUGCAUUCCUUCUCCUUCUCUGUUCCUCCGUCUUCUCAUGGAAGAAAGAAGAGUUCCGAAACUGUAACCAAACCCCAUUCUGCAAACGAGCUCGAUCUCGCACCCCCGGUUCCUCCGACCUCAUCGCCACCCACGUCGCCAUCACCGACGGCGACCUAACCGCAAACCUAAUCCCCAAAUCCCAAUCCGAAUCCAAUCCCAAACCCUUGAUCCUCACCCUAUCCGUUUUUCAAGACGGAAUUCUCCGUCUCAAGAUCGACGAAGAUCCUUCCCUUAACCCUCCCAAAAAACGCUUCCAAGUACCUGAUGUCGUCGUUUCGCAAUUCUCCGACACUAAACUCUGGCUUCAACGACUCACUUCCGAAGAUGACGGUCUUUCCUAUGCUGUUUAUCUUUCAGACGGUUACUCCGCUGUUCUCCGUCACGAUCCGUUUGAACUCUUCAUCCGUGACGAUAACUCCGGGGAUCGUGUGAUUUCGUUUAACUCCCAUGGUUUAUUCGAUUUCGAACAUCUUAGAGAGAAAAACGAAGAUGAAAACUGGGAGGAGACUUUCCGGUCUCAUACCGAUAAAAGACCAUACGGUCCUCAGUCGAUUAGCUUCGAUGUGUCUUUCUAUGAUGCUGAUUUUGUUUACGGGAUUCCCGAACGUGCUACAAGCCUCGCGUUGAAACCGACCAGGGGACCUAAUGUUGAAGAAUCAGAACCUUAUAGGCUUUUCAAUUUGGAUGUUUUUGAAUACAUUCACGAAUCGCCGUUUGGACUCUAUGGUUCGAUUCCGUUCAUGCUUUCUCACGGGAAAGCCAGGGGUACUUCUGGGUUUUUCUGGCUCAAUGCUGCUGAGAUGCAAAUUGAUGUUCUUGCUCCUGGUUGGGAUGCUGAGUCAGGGAUUUCGCUUCCUUCUUCGCAGAACAGGAUUGACACGAUGUGGAUGAGUGAAGCUGGUGUGGUUGAUGCUUUUUUCUUCGUUGGUCCUCGGCCUAAAGAUGUUUUGAGACAGUAUGCUGCGGUAACAGGACCUUCGGCUCUACCUCAGAUGUUUGCAGUGGCUUAUCAUCAGUGCCGGUGGAACUAUCGUGACGAGGAGGAUGUUGAGAAUGUUGAUGCUAAAUUCGAUGAAUAUGAUAUACCUUAUGAUAUUUUGUGGCUUGAUAUAGAGCAUACUAAUGGGAAGAGGUAUUUUACUUGGGAUAGGGUUCUUUUCCCUAAUCCUGAGGAGAUGCAGAGGAAAUUGGCUGCUAAAGGGAGGCACAUGGUUACCAUUGUGGAUCCUCAUAUUAAGAGAGAUGACAAUUUUCAUUUGCAUAAGGAGGCAUCUGAGAAAGGGUAUUAUGUUAAGGAUUCCAGUGGUAAUGAUUUUGAUGGUUGGUGCUGGCCUGGUUCAUCGUCUUACGCCGAUACUUUGAGUCCUGAAAUUAGGUCCUGGUGGGCUGAUAAGUUUUCUUAUCAAAGUUAUGUUGGUUCAACUCCUUCACUUUACAUAUGGAAUGAUAUGAAUGAACCUUCUGUCUUCAAUGGUCCUGAGGUGACAAUGCCUAGAGAUGCUUUACAUUAUGGAGGUGUUGAACAUAGAGAGUUGCACAAUGCCUAUGGGUAUUACUUCCACAUGGCAACAGCUGAGGGGCUUGUGAGGCGUGGUGAAGGGAAAGACAGACCAUUUGUUUUGUCAAGAGCAUUGUUUGCUGGAAGUCAAAGGUAUGGAGCAGUUUGGACCGGUGAUAACACUGCCGAUUGGGAUCAGCUUAGAGUUUCUGUUCCAAUGGUUUUGACCCUUGGUCUUACUGGGAUGUCAUUCGCGGGUGCUGAUGUUGGUGGGUUUUUUGGAAAUCCGGAAACUGAGUUAUUAGUCCGCUGGUACCAGCUAGGAGCUUUCUAUCCUUUCUUUAGGGCCCAUGCCCAUCAUGACACAAAAAGACGAGAACCAUGGUUGUUUGGAGAACGGAAUACAGGAUUAAUUAGAGAUGCUAUACAUGUUCGUUACGCACUUCUACCAUAUUUCUACACAUUAUUCAGGGAGGCUAACACUACUGGUGUUCCUGUGGCUCGUCCAAUAUGGAUGGAAUUCCCAUCCGAUGAAGCUACUUUUAGCAAUGAUGAAGCUUUCAUGGUUGGGAACAGUAUUUUAGUGCAAGGGAUCUACACCGAGCGAGCUAAGCAUGCAUCCGUCUAUUUGCCCGGGAAACAAUCCUGGUAUGACCUAAGAACUGGAACUGUGUACAAGGGAGGGGUGACACACAAGUUAGAAGUUACAGAGGAGAGCAUUCCCGCUUUCCAGAGAGGUGGGACCAUUCUACCAAGGAAGGACCGCUUUCGGCGAAGUUCCACUCAGAUGACAAAUGAUCCCUUCACUCUGGUUAUAGCUCUGAAUAGCUCCCAAGCAGCUGAAGGUGAGCUGUACAUAGAUGAUGGCAGCAGUUUUGGUUUUCUAGAAGGUGCCUUUAUCCAUAGACGAUUUAUUUUUGCAAACGGGAAGCUUACAUCUGUAGAUCUGGCACCUACUUCUGGUGGUAAUGUUAGUCAUAGAUCAGAUGUUGUCAUUGAGAGGAUUAUCCUGCUAGGACACACUCCUGGCUCAAAGAAUGCACUGAUUGAACCCUCAAAUCAAAAGGUUGAUAUAGAACUUGGGCCUCUUUGGGUUCAAAGGGAACGUUCGCCAGUUUUCAUGACCAUACGUAAACCAAAUGUCCGUGUUGCAGAAGAUUGGACCAUCAAAAUUUUGUAA